AUGCCGUCUGCUCGUCCUUGCGCGGCUUUCGAGCCUAUCUCUCCGGAUUUCGAUGUCAAGGAUCUAGUCGAGUCGACCCCCAACUUUGAAUGGGUGGUGCGCAUUCCCUGUAAAAUGAUCGACCACAAGGGCCUCGAAGAUUUUGAAAAAUUGGUCUUGAUCCAUGUCAUCCUCGGCGGCAAACCGCUGGUCAUCGAGGGCUACGAGACUAAGCUUGACAAGUGGACGUUUGCCCUUCAGUGGCUCCGAGAUAAUUGCGGUUCGAAAGUCGAGACUGCUCGUGAUCUAACCAAGAAGGCUAACGUCCCUCUCUCUAUCGGCCACUACUUGAACAACAUGGCGCUCCUCACCGACCAAUGGUCUGACCGAAAUUAUAAAGAUCCGGAUCGUCAGCGCAUGUACCUCAAGGACAUCGACUGUCCACCGCUAUGGCAAGAAAAACUCAAAUCGGUCCUUCCUGUUGGCCUCUUCUACCUGAACGACUCUACUGGCGAGGUCAAUGGCUUCGGCGCUGUCGACGAAAAUGACCCAACUCAUCCCUCAGGUUUUCGGAAAGGAAGAGGUAUUGCUAAAGCUGGCGACCUGAUGAGUAGCCUCCCUGUCGAAAUGCGCGCUGAGAAUCUCAUGUGCUAUAUUGGACAUGAGGGCACAUAUACUCCCGCCCAUCGGGAAAUGUGCGCAAGCCUAGGCCAGAAUAUCAUGGUGGAGGCUUCUACAGGGCUCAUUGAGGAUGGCAAGCCCACAAAGGCGGGCUCUUCCAUCUGGUUCAUGACCGAGAGCAAAGAACGAGAAGUUGUCUCCGAAUACUGGCUUUCCCGACUUGGCCAUGACAUUGAGAUCGAAAACCAUUUUGCUCAAGUCAACGCCUGGAAGAACGCACCCUUCAAGACGUAUAUUGUCGAGCAGAAGCCAGGUGACUUCAUCCUCAUCCCACCUCUGGCUCCUCACCAAGUCUGGAACCGUGGUACCCGUACUAUGAAGGUGGCCUGGAAUCGCACUACAGUUGAAACCCUAGAAAUGGCCCUGAACGAAGCCCUGCCAAAGGCCCGCAUUGUCUGCCGCGACGAACAGUACAAAAACAAAGCCAUGAUUUACUACACAUUACAAAAGUACUCGAAACUUCUCAAGAACGCAGACAAGGUCAAGCAUAAACUCUCAACUUCAAACGCCCGACCCAUGAAUAAUACAAAAGUCCGACAGCUGGAGAAAGACUUUCGUCGACUACACGCCCUCUUCACAGAUAUGCUUGUCUGCGAGAGCUUCAUCCCGGACCGACCAGAGAAGAACGUUGAGAGGCUUACCUAUGACAGUUUCAUCACCUGCUCUUACUGCCGAUGUAACAUCUUCAAUCGGUUUCUCACCUGCCCUAAUUGCGUUCAGACUGUCCCCGGCGGCGAUGAUGAUACCUACGAUAUUUGUUUGGACUGCUACGCCAUGGGUCGCAGCUGUGCUUGCAUCUCCCGGCUCAGAUGGGUUGAACAAUGGCCCCAGGAUGAGCUGCUUCAAAACCACGAACAAUGGCGUCUUCAGAUCAUCCAAUUCGAGGCCAAGGUGACUGAGAAGUCCCCGCGGUCUCUCCACAAGGAGCUUGAACGACGCGGUGACAGCCUCACUCUAGCACAGAUCUGUCAGCAUGAACUAGCUCGCAGACCGUUUCGUGACAUUCGUCAGCCGGCUUCCCCAGUCGUCCAGCACGAAUCCGAAGAAGAACCCGACGUCGAUGAAAAUGGCAACGUCAAGAAGAAGAUCAGAAAAAAGACCAAGAAAUUCAUCCGUGACCACGCCCGUUGUCACGUUGAUUGCCAUUGGGAACCCAAGUGGAAACAGGCUUCGUGCACCACAUGCGAUAAGAACUAUUGCUAUGGUCUAUUGUACAGAGCCUACGACAUGAAGCCCCAGGAUGUUCUGGCCGACCCACGGUGGCGGUGCCCCAGUUGUCGCAACAUGUGCGGAUGUCGGAACUGUCGAAAUAAGCCUGGAUACAGACCAUACACACCAUCCGGCACUCUAUUGGGCCACAAUACUAAAGCAAUUGCCGAUGUGAGAUCGGUUGAGAGCCUGGUAGACUUCUCACAUUCCAACAUUGGUUGGAUCGAAAAGGCUGGUGAUGACGAUCCUGCCAAUAACAAGCGACUUAACAAGCGCAAAAAGGAUGCCGCAUUUGCCAAAGAUCAAGAAACCCAACUUGGUGAUGACUAUGUUGACAUGGACCCUACACUACCUGACGAAGUUGACCAAGGUAUCCUCCGCCUGGCUGAGCACGAGGGAAUCCCGAUCGACCCUGCAUUGAGAGGUUCCACAGAUAGGCCAACCAACGACUCUCGCGAAGAGGACGAUGAGUACGACGAGCACCCCGAAGGUCCGCGACGGCCUGAAGCAACUUCUGCCUUUGAGCCUGUUGAGAUGCAAUACCAGGUGCCUGAAGGAGGUGUCAUUCGUGAUGCGGAGCACGCAUAUGACUUUACAGAAGCUAUCACUUACGACUAUCCUGACCCAGAUGUCGGACGCCAUGUUCCGUCGGCGGUGGAAGAGGAAUACCUGACAUCCGCACCCGUGGAGAGUGCACCAGCACUCCCCACUGAGAGUGCGGACGAUAUCUCCAUGAUCAACCGGAAGCGUAAGCGGGCCAAAGUCGACGAAGGUGAUAGACCGUUCAACUACAAGAAGGGUACAGCCAAAAAGGCUUCACAGCAGCGAAAGUCGAUGAUUGUGAAGCUGAAGGUCGAUGGCCCCAGAUUGGCAGAGAUAAAGAGUAUGGCGGUGAUUGCUCGCCAGGCCUUGAACGGAGUAGAGAUCCCUGCUCCAGUGAUUGGCUCCGACUUACAGGCUCUCAAUGUGACAGAAGGUCAUCAUCAACAAGCCCCGAAGAAAGUGCGAAGGAAUGACCUCGCGGCCGAUAUGCAAGACGACGAUGAUUUUACCCCAGGACGCUACCGUGACCGUAGGAAGGGCCGAACGGACGGAGAGCAGUCGGCACCUCCAAAUGCUGACAUCACCAGACGACGAACCAGGAUGAACCACUAUCACUAUGAGGAACCGGACGAAGAAGAGUUCAAUGAAGUGGUCAAUAAGAGGUCGACGACUCGUACACAACGCCCUCCACGCAAUGUCAAUGUCGUCAGGCUAGACGAUGCUGAUGUCGACACGAUGAGCCUUGAUCUAGACUCACCCGGUGCGAAUGAUGCAGACGUUGGUCAGAGUCACUCAGACCCAGCAGAGUCUGGCUCCGAUGAAUUUGGCCCAUCCAGAUCUUUGGAAGGCACAUUGAGGCCGGCAACGUCUGUUUACCCUUCCGCUACGACCAAACCACUUGGUGUAACUUCGUCCUUGGCAGAAGCGCAAGUGAAUAGAAGAGCCAAAAUGGCUGCCAUGGAAUGGGCGGAAGGUGAUAGUGAUGACCUUGACGAUGUCUGGUCGAACCUAUCAUUCAUGGAGGACUCGGACCCAGCGGCUGAUGGGCGAGCCUCAGAUGGGCAAAAGGGCGACAAGCAAGUGGGCAAUGAUAGGACGAUGUCAGCGGACAUACCGCCAAAGCCCAAGGGUCAAUCAAAUAUACGACAGACUACAGCAUCCAAGACAGCCGUUGACAAGGCCCCAUCGCGCCCCCUCAAGACCUUCAAAGUGUCGGUGGCUGCUUGGGGGGACAGCGAUGAUUCUUCGGAAGAGGAUAGACACCCAAAGACGAGCCAUAAUUGGCAAGCGGUCAAUGUGCGCCAUCCAGUUACGAAGACACCAACCGUGGUGGCUAAGCCUCGAGGACGUCCUCGAAAAUAUUGA